AACAAACAUUUAAUUGUUAGUAACAAUUUAUAAGUGCUGGCACAACGAUCGACUGAUAUUGUUUUUAUUUCUCGGCAAAGCCAUUUCGUAGCGCGGUAAAAGAAUUCGAAACGGAGAAAUAGAUUUUGGUCGUGUCGCACUAACCAACCAUCCACUCACCCAUCCACCCACAAGACGUUAAACGGUUUAAGGCUGAGUGAAAAUGAAAUUUUUGGCGGUGCUAUUUUUUGUGGCAAUUUUUGCCAACAGCAAAGUUGUUGGCGAGUCAUUGCAUUGCUACACCUGUGACGGAGAUGAUUGCAACAGUUUGGAUACAAUGGAACCUGAAUUAUGCUACGAUAGCGGUGAAGAUUCGACUCCGACACCAACAACAACAUUGGAGCCAACAACCGAAAAACCAGAGGAAACAUCAACGCCGGCGGGUACAGACAGCACCACACAAACUCCCGGGGAAACGACAACGACAGUAGGUUCAGAAACCACAACUCAAGUUCCGGGGGAAACAACAACGCCAGCGGGUACAGAAACUACAACGACGUCAGCUGGUACAGAAACCACAACUCAAGCUCCGGGAGAAACCACAACUCAAGGUCCCGGAGAAACAUCAACGCCGGCGGGUACGGAAAGUACAACUCAAGGUCCAGGAGAGACGACCACCACAUCCACUUCAGAAUCCACAACUCAGGGUCCAGGAGAGACGACCACCACAUCCACUUCAGAAUCCACAACUCAAGCUCCAGGAGAAACCAUCACCCCACCCGGUUCAGAAACCACAACCCAAACUUCCGGAGAAACAUCAACACCAGGAGCUCAAGAAACUUCAACUAAAUCAACUGAAGAAACCACAACGACGCCACCAGAUACCGAAACCACAAAGCCUACAGAAACCACAACUCUAACAACCGAGGGAACAUCACCCAGUUCAACAACUCCAGAAACCACAACUCCAGCACCCGAAGCAACGUCACCCAGUUCAACAGCUCCAGAAACAACAACAACAACUCUUGGUACUGAAGACACAGGUACCACAACGAAACCAUCAGAAGCUCCUGGAACGACAGAAAAACCUAUUGAGACCACACAACCUGCAAACGCCCCAGAAACUACAGUCAAAGCGCCAGAAGAACCAGCUCAGACUAAAACUCAAUCAGGCGCAGCAAUUUUGCUUAGAAAUUACCGGGCACUUUCGCGCAGCCGACGUAUGACGGCACCAGAUGGUACCGGAUACGCUUGCUACACUGUGGAAUAUAAAGAAGGCGACUCUGCACCCAAAAAGAAGAAGGGCUGCGUCAAAAUCCCCGUCGACCAGGGAGCCUGUGAUGCCAUAAAGAGCAACGCUGGCGAUGGCGUCGAAAUCGAAAGUUGCCAAAUUUGCAUGAGCGACAAAUGCAACUCCAGCGCCUCUAUUCAGCUAUCCAUUGUUGCCAUGGUCCUUGUCAUGGUACUGCGACAAAUUCUGAUGUGAACUCCAUGAGAAUGAAUAUAGUUUGUAUGAAUUGCCAUUCCGCCGAAUGUGCCGAAUGUUUGUUUGUAAAUAUAUAUGUUUAACCAAAUCUGUGUGUAGAAAUGUAAGAAAGACGAGAAAGAAUUAAAAAAAGGAUAAUUUUAG